CACUUCCUGACGUCAGGCUCCGCCCCGGGGGCGCGCACAGCCAGUCAGUCAGGAAGAGGGGAGAAGAAGAUGGCGGACAUGGACGAGCAGCUGUCUGAUGAGGAGAAGGUACGCGUAGCAGCAAAAUUCAUCAUUCAUGCUCCACCAGGAGAAUUCAAUGAAGUGUUUAAUGAUGUUCGGUUUCUUCUUAACAAUGAUAACUUACUCAGGGAAGGCGCUGCUCAUGCCUUUGCGCAGUACAACUUGGAUCAGUUCACACCAGUAAAAAUGGAUGGUUAUGAAGAUCAGGUGUUAAUAACAGAGCAUGGAGAUCUUGGUAACGGAAGGUUUUUGGAUCCAAAAAACAAAGUUUCUUACAAAUUUGAUCACUUAAGAAAGGAGGCCAGUGAUCCCAGGCCCUAUGAAGGGGAAAACGCCAUAGAGUCAUGGAGGAAUGUUGUGGACACGGCAGUGAGGUCCUAUGUCAAAGAUCAUUAUCCAAAUGGCGUUUGUACUGUUUAUGGCAAGACAAUUGAUGGGCAGCAAACAAUAAUUGCAUGUAUAGAGAGCCAUCAGUUUCAAGCCAAAAACUUUUGGAAUGGGCGCUGGAGGUCAGAAUGGAAAUUUACAAUCACACAAUCCACUACAAAGGUGGUGGGCAUUCUAAAAAUUCAGGUUCAUUAUUAUGAAGAUGGCAAUGUACAGCUAGUGAGCCAUAAAGAUAUUGAAGAGUCACUAACUGUGUCUAAUGAAAUUCAAACUGCUAAGGAGUUCAUUAAAAUUGUAGAGGAUGCUGAAAACGAGUACCAGACUGCAAUUAGUGAGAACUACCAGACUAUGUCGGACACUACUUUCAAAGCCUUACGUCGGCAGCUGCCAGUGACGCGCACCAAGAUUGACUGGAACAAGAUUCUUAGUUACAAAAUUGGAAAGGAAAUGCAAAAUGCCUAACCAGAACAUUGCAUGACUGGAUGAUUUUUAGUGUCUGUGCAUACAAAUAAACAUAGCUGCAAACGUAUUUGGAGCUGCCAACUUUCCUGGUCAGCAUGGCCUUUUGCUAUGAAAAAUAAGCAAUCGCUAUAAUUAAAGUAAUUCAGCUACAGCACAAGAUUGAUCUCAUCAGUUUUCUUUCAAUUCUUUACCAUUUUUUUUCUGGGGUAUAUUAUGUGCUGAAUUUCAUUAUUUCCCCAUUAUCCAACAUAUUUAGAAGGAAAAAUACAUUUUAAAGGUAUAGGACAAAGCUUACAAGUAAUGCGAAAAUAAGAAUUUGAACAACGAAUUGUUGAUACUAAACAUUUUAGUGGCAGUGUGGAAUAAAACUUGUUCAUCAGGCGUUACUAUACAUAGAAGGUGGUCAUUGGAAAACACGAGCCAUACAGAGUCCUCCAGUCUUUUUCUUUUCAUUAUAUGGGAAAUAAGCUUCAUAGUGCGUCUUUAUUUUGCUCCGUAAAACUAGGUUUUAAAAAAAAAAGAUAUAUAAUCUCUAAUUUCUCAUGUUUCUUUCAGAAUUUGUUAAAUCCCACAUUGCUUGAAAAUAUUAAAUGCUUUGUUCAUGUGAUAGCUAUUUCAAUUGAUCUGAAAUCCAUCUGCCCUUAACUUCCUAUUUUUUAUUAUAUCGCCACCAAUGUAUUAUAACAAGGCAAAUUGUAAUAUAUAUACAUAUAUAUAUAUAAAAAAAAUCCUGUACUCCUUAUCAUGUCUGUCAGUUUAUUUUUCUGUUCUUCACUUGAAAUGUAUUACAAUUCAAUGUGACAUUAAAAUGCAAAUUUUCUAUG